GUAAGAACAUUCACAAUCACGACACGACAGAAAAUACUCGAAAAAUAUUUUAAUAAGAACUAAUUAUUUAUUGCCGUUAAAUUUUGGUGGUCAUAUAAAUAUAUAUUUAAGUUAUAUAUAAACGUCAUAUUUAUAAGAAGCUAAACAAUGUUUGUAUUACAAUAAUUACGUCUUAAAUUUACUAAUAAUUAGUGCGCAUUAAGGAAUAUACGGAGUUUAAAAUGAAGGCGACAUUGUUCGCACUUGGUGCGAUUUUAGCUGUUUCAACGGCUUACAUUAUUGAUGUAGCUCCAGAACAUAAGAAACAUUAUCAUUUACUUGGAGAUGAACAUUGUACAUGGGGUCCUGGAUUCUGGUGUAAAAACAUCACUAAUGCAGCUCAAUGUAAUGCAACACAACAUUGUAUUAAAAAAGAAUGGGAAGUAAUGAAAGUACCUGAAGACCACGACAGUGUUUGUCAGAUCUGUAAGGACAUGGUUACGCAGGCAAGAGACCAAUUGGAGAGUAACCAGACUCAAGAAGAUCUGAAAGCUGUUUUUGAAGGCAGCUGUAAACUGAUGAUAGUAAAAGUAGUUGUCGAAGAAUGUACCAAGCUAGUGGAUCAAUUCGUCCCGGAAUUGGUGGAGACUCUCGCUUCACAGAUGGAUCCAUCAGUUGUUUGUUCAGUAUCUGGACUUUGUAAUUCGCCAAGAAUUGAUAAAUUAUUGCUUGAAAAUGAGCAGACAGUUAAGAAGACUUAUGGAAAAGUAAUUUCAUUGAAAAAUGAUGAAAUUGAACCAGAUGAAUGCUCUAAAUGCUACACAAUAGUCACACAUAUGGAAGAUAAAUUAAAGAAGACGUCUAAAGAUAAAUUUGUUGACAGACUACUUGAGAUUUGCGGAAACAUGGGUUCAUUCUCAGAUGCAUGUUCAUCUAUUGUUCUUGUUCAUUAUAAAACACUUUUUGAACGUCUCCAAAGCGAAUUUAAAGCUAAAAAUAUUUGUCAUUUGUCUGGUCAGUGCUCAAAUAUUUUCCAUCAGCAUGAGGAUGAAACCAACCAGACUCCCAAAGUGGAAAUUCGCCCGUUAUCCAGUGUAGGAAUAGUUGAUAUUGGUGAUGAUUUACCUUGCAAAUUGUGCGAGCAAUUGGUAGGGCAUCUUAAGGAUUUACUCGUCGCAAAUACUACAGAAAUUGAAUUCAAACAAGUGCUCGAAGGCUUUUGUAAACAAACAAAAUCAUUUGCAUCUGAGUGCAUAUCAAUAGUCGAUCAAUAUUAUCCAGAAAUUUACGAAUACCUCGUUAAUGGAUUGAAAACCAAUACAGUUUGUGAAAUGGCUGGAAUUUGUCCAGCACCUGAUAAAAAAUUGGAAGGACCAUUUAUGCCACUCUUGCCAACCGACUCAGAAUCAGUAGCCAUUAAAAUUUCUCAGGAAAGAAAAACAAAGAAAAUGAACAAUUUAGGAGAAAAUGGAGCGGGAAUCAGAAAGUAUCCAAAAAGUGAAGCUGACGAGAUGCAGCUUCCAGCUGAAAGAUUGGGCAGCUCACUUACAUUACUCGGUAUGCCGAAUAUGGAUGUGAGUGGACAAAAGUCCUGUGCAAUGUGUGAAUUUGUAUUACAUGAAUUGCAGAAAGAAAUGACUCAAUCUUCAACAGAAUCUAAUAUUAAACAAGCUCUUGGUAAAGUGUGUGAUAAAAUACCCAAUCUCGUUGAAGAUAUGUGCCACGAGUUUGUAGAUCAAUAUGGUGAUGCUGUUAUCGCUCUUCUUGUUCAAGAAAUUGAUCCGUCUAUGGUUUGUCCAAUGGUGCAUUUGUGCCCUACACAACAGGCAAUAGAAGCUUGGGAACAAAUUCCUAAAGAACAUAUGGUAGAGAGUCAAGUCCAAGACAAACCAAGUUGUCCAUUGUGUCUUUUAGCUGUUAAUCAACUUUACACUGUUAUCAAAAGUAAUAAAACUGAAGAGAAUAUUAUAAGUGAGCUUGAUAAAUUAUGCGCCCAUUUACCAAAAGAUUUAUCUAACCAAUGCGUUGAGUUAGUGAAAGUCUACAGUAAAGAACUUAUUGACAUGCUUCUGGCAGAUAUGACACCACAAGAAGUUUGUGUUGCUUUAAAACUUUGCGAUCCAAAGAAAAAUGUUGGUCCGAAAAACCUUAGUCCGACAAACUUUUAUCCCACGGAUAAAGAUGGUGAAAUUAUAAGCAAUGAAAUUCCGUACUUUCCAUUAAAAUCACCAAAGCCGUUCAUUUAUGUCAAGGAAACAACAAAAUGCAUCAUCUGCGAGACAAUUAUGGAGUAUUUAGAAAAAGCGAUGAGCAAAAAAUCAACAAAAGAUGAAAUUGAAAAAUUAAUCCAUGAAGUUUGUGAAUAUCUACCAAAAUCAGCGGCGAAAUCAUGCGAUAAUUUUGUAAAUGAAUACGCAGAUAUUGUUAUCACACUUUUGUCUCAAGAAGUUAGUCCCCGCGAGAUCUGUACUCUUAUCAAUGCAUGCGAAGAUAAAAUCCAGCAAAUAAAGGAAUCGGUAUCUGAGUGCGCGUUAUGUCAAGCGAUUAUUUCAUCCGUUGAUAAUUUACUAACAAAUCCUAAAGUUGAUGAUAGACUUGAAGAAAUAAUUAACAGUGCAUGUGAUUAUAUACCACCAAGUAAACACGACAAGUGUGUGAUGCUGCUUGAGGUUUACGAGCAGAGUAUUAUCAACUUAUUGAAAAUGAACGUUGAAACUAAAGAGAUCUGCAAGAAAAUGUCUCUCUGUUCUUCGAUGGAUAUGUUCGCUAUGACUCACGUCGAUUUUCGUAAUAAUAGAUUACAACUUCGUAAAUUAAAUAUUAAAUAAAUAAAAUUAUUCAGUUUCCUUUUUCCAUGGCUGUCUUUUCAUUAGCAAACUUUCGUAUCAUUUAAGACUAUUAAAUUACAUAUAAAAGAAAAUUAUAUUCUUUAUUAUUACUUAUAAGAUAUACUAUUAUAAUAUAAUUAAGUGCUUUAAAUUUUUGAAUUCACCAAUAGGCAAUUGUGAAUGUAAUGUAUAAAUUUUUCAUAAUGAAUAAAUGGAAUGUAAAGUUAUAAGAAAACAUUAA